AUGAAGCCGCAGCCUUUCUUCCCGUCUCGCCUCCUCUUCCGGUAUCUGGCCCUCCUCUUUGUCGUAGCCUUGCUCUCCACCCCGGUCCUGAUCCCGAUCCCAAUCCCAGCGCGAGUCCACGCCCUCCCCAUCCAAGAUUCCCUCACCCUCGACGCCAUCGACGCCUCGGUCAUCGAAAGCCUCGCCCUGGCCUACACAGCCUACCUGGAGAAGAAACAACAAGGCACCACGCAGCUGCUCGACACGAUCGACGACUUUGUCGAGUCCGCAAAAUCCGCCCUGGACACGGACUUUGAGCUGACGCGGGCCAUGCUCGUCGAGGUCGUCGACCUGCUGCGACGGAGCAACGACGCCCAAAGCGAGAGCAACCAAGUGGCCCGACGCAACGCCGACGUCCAAAAGAGGAGUCUGGCGAUUCAGGAGCGCACGCUGCAGCUGGCCGAGCAGUCGAACCGGGGCGCCGUCGAGCAGAUCAUCACAGCGUAG